AUGCUCGCACAACGCUGCCUAAAAGCACCUACCUUGACAGCCCGCACCAUUACCAAAGCCAGAUGCUCAGCGCCUAAGCUAAGCCUUUGCUGUGUGUCCACCACUCGCGAGGCUAUUCCACGCUCGUUGCUAGGGAGCAAUGUCAAGAAUGAUAGGCGAGCCUAUACCAGCAUCAGCCCUCCCAAAUCUGCUGCGGCCAUAGAUCCCUCCUCUCAACUUGACCCUACUACACAACCCGAAGUCCACGUCAAGUGUGUCGCGCGUGCCCGUAUCCCCACACCCCAUGGCCCGGCCUUCCUGCAUCUUUACCACAACAACCGCGAUGCAAAGGAGCACUUGGCCAUAGUGAUUGACUCUGCUCAGUUCUCCGAUGGGCCGAUGAUCGCUCCCGCCAUCCGCAGUGCCUCUUUAGACUCGGCGUGGGAAGAAGAGACCGCUAUGGAACGGCUUAUCCGUGGUGCAUACACCGGCCGCCUCACGGAGAAUGUGCGUACGCCCUCUGCCCCACAGUCAGACGUCUCCAGCACGAUCGCCGCUGCCAUUCCUCCUCCACUCGUGCGCAUUCACUCCGAAUGCUACACUGGCGAAACAAUUGGCAGCAUGCGCUGUGAUUGCGGCGAACAGCUCGACGAAGCCAUGAGGCAAAUAGCUCAGCCAAUUACUAUCUCAACCGCUCCAGGUGUCUCACAGACCAUACCCGGUCGCGGCGCGGUCAUCUACCUACGCCAGGAGGGCCGUGGCAUCGGUCUUGCGGCCAAGCUGCGCGCGUACAACCUCCAAGACAUGGGGCACGACACGCUUUCGGCAAAUUUGAUGCUCGGUCAUGGUGCUGACGAGCGCAGCUACGAGGUUGCUGCGGCCAUCCUGGGUGACUUAGGCGUGACUGGGCCUCUCGGCAGCACUGCGAACAAUAGCCAAGCAAAAGGCAUCCGUCUCCUGACGAAUAAUCCGGCGAAAGUGCAAGCCAUGUCUGCUGCGGGAAUCAACAUCCUCGAGCGCGUUGAGAUGGUCCCACGGAGCUGGAAAUGCGAUCACGACCAUGACCACUCCAAAUCGAAUGCGCUGCAUAGCACGCGCGAGGCGGCUGCUACUAUGAUUGGCGCCGGCGCGGCGCGCGGCGCAGACCUCGACAAGUAUAUCAAGGCCAAGGUUGAAAAGAUGGGUCACAUGCUGUCCGUGCCUCCAAGCGCUAAAUCUAUUCGAAACCCACUGCAGAGACGAGGGUGA